GAAGAGGCCGGCGUGGCGCCGCUCUCGUGCUCUUCCCUUAUAUACAUGGGCAUCUGUCAAACGGGAAAUAAGGGAAAACAUUGCACUCUGAAUCAUGGACGGUGGUCAAUCAAAGGACACGGAUGCGCAGUUUAUAUCCUUCCACGAUUUCCCAUCGAUGAGCCAUGCCGGCAACUCCGAGGGACAGCUGGCCAGCGGGGCCUCCGCUCAUCAGCCCUUCAAUAACCUCCCAAAUGACUCGAUGGGUAUCGGUAUUAUAGAGGAUUUACAAGGAAUGCCCGAUAAAACCGAAGGUACCACCCAGCACAACUUCUGGACGAUCGAGUAUUAUCAAAAGUUCUUCAACGUCAAUACGAACGACGUGUUGGAGAGGCUGAAGCGGUCCAUGAUACCGCACGGUAGCGACAAUUAUCUCAUAACGCACAUAAGGCCAAAUCCAGAUUUGUACGGGCCCUUCUGGGUGUGUGUCACCCUGGUGUUCGCUAUCGCGAUCAGCGAGAACAUAACGAACUAUUUGCAGACCGCUAGCUCCAUCAAGUAUCACUGGAGAUACGACUUCCAUGUCGUGUCGUACGCGGCCACUUUUAUAUUUUUAUAUGCGUGGCUUCUACCGUUGGCUCUGUGGGGCGCGUUAAAAUGGACCAACAGUUCGAGGAAUACCGAAGAGGAAUUGAUUGAGUCUUAUGCCAUCCCAGGACUCUUAGAACUUUUGUGUCUAUACGGAUAUUCCUUAAGCAUUUAUAUCCCAGUAGCUUUUCUGUGGGUAAUUCAAAUUGGCUGGUUGCAGUGGAGUCUAGUCUUACUAGUGACGUUUUUAUCUGGAGGAGUUUUACUACGUUCAUUGUUACCAGUAAUUGCAGGGAGACAUAGGAUUAUAUACGUUAUUGUAAUUUUGGGUAUGCAUCUGCUGUUGGCAGCUGGUUUUAUGCUACAUUUCUUUCACGUGUCAUCUAAGAGCACUGUGUCAGCGAACAUGGUUGAAUUGGUAGCAUCCUCCACGCAGGCCAGUGUAUUACAUAAGAUAGCACAAAGUAACAGUUCCGCCGUACCAGUACCGUCGACGGCAUCUUGAAAUAUUUAAAUGUGGAUCUGAUAAGAAAUUAUCUCCGAGGCUAUCGAGAAACUUUGUCUCAUUCAUAUAUGUAUAUCGAAUUUUAUUGAAAAUGCCCUCCCGGAUUUAUAUAUCAAUCAAGAUAUGUACCGCACACGGCGCUAAUCGUGUAGAAAUAAUAAUUUAUACUAUAACUGUAAACUAUAAGGUAAGGAAUAAAUAGCAUAAUUAGGCAUGCAUCUGUAUGAAAACAAAACGAUUUAAUAAUCCCGCUCCAGCUACGCGUCUGUGUUUUUCAGAAUAAUAUUAUUAUAUCAAGAUGCUUCAUUUACGUUUUCGUAAGAUCGUUUGCUCAAAAUAACUUUAAUACAUUGUGAACCACAUUAUAUUUUUAUUAUUUUUUCUCUUUCGCGCUGGUAUCUUGCUUAUCGUCGGUCAGAGUAAAUAUCCUCAUUUUAUGCUUCCAAUUCAUGCAAUGUUUUCUGAUUAUACGAGAAAUCAUCAAACGUGUUGAAUAAUAAUUUCUACCACUUACCAAUGAUAAGAAAAUUCCAGCGAACAUUGUAUGGAUGAUUGAGAUGUGUGUCUAUAUUAACUCAAUCGACAUAUCAAUUAUUCGUUUAUUUCUAUAAGUACUAUUCGAUACUGACUACUCGAUACGCCUUGAUGAUGAGAAACUGGUUAAACAUCAUCUAAAUCACUUCUAUUCGACAAUUGGAUUUUUUAUAAAACACCGGAUUCUCUUAGCAACUAUCACUCAGAAAAGACUCUACAGGAGUCUGAAAACUAUGACGACGAUGAGAAGACCAACGACAAAUAUUGUUCCCGUCAGCGUAACUCAGAUCGACCCGCGCAGGGAUCCAACGUUAUAGAUCGGUUUUAUAUUUUAGCAAAGCAAAAACAUAUCCUGAAAAAUAACUUCUUAAAGGAGGAAGUGUUGGAGCACGUCCUCCGCGAGAGCGCAUGUGGUAGUCAAUCAGUCGUUUGCUCUUCGAUGCAUCGUAAACACUCGUCCGAGUUUUUUUUAGAAAAAUUGUUAGAAAUAGAGUUUACACGAAUGUGAAUUACCCGACUGUCUCGUUGCUAAAUCCUCCUUGAAAUUAACGAACUUAACAAUCAUAUCCUGUCGAAGCACGCGACAACUUUUUUUUCUUUUUUUUUUCUUUUCGCGAAGUGAAUCACGGGGUGCUCGACAACAAAGGUUGUUACACGGCUUACAGCUCGUGUUUGCAGCUAGCUCAACAAUUUUGAUCUGAACGUAUUUACGAGAUAUUGCAGUCACAGCUUGCAAAUAGGAACGAUAAUAAUUAAGAAGUCUACAACGGUUUAACAUCGAGUUGCCGAGUGUUCCGUUCCUUUCUCCUCUGUUCUAUUAAUUUUGGCAUUACACUACCUCCCCUAAUUUUCUUAUGAUCCCCAAUAAUACACUAGCACGUGCUCGAAAUGCAUCAGCGAAAUAACGCUAUCGUUUAUUUACAAUAUAGGCCGUGUUCCGACCUAUAUACACUGCGAGUAUUGAAAAUCUAUAGUAACGCGACAUUCGCCGCUCCGGCGAUCCAGCGAUCGCGGAACGUGUGUCUUAACGCGUUAAUGUAUUACACAUAUACACAUAUUAAGACGUACCCUGGUUUUUAAUCAAUUGUUACAAUAUACGUAUAUAACAUUUGCCUGCAAACAAUGUGCUUGUUUUUAUACAAUAUCGUCCCGCUUAUACGCGCACAAUCCGCAGGUAUACAGCGAACCGACGUCGCGUAAAGUGAGUAAGUUCUUUACCAGCAAAAACUAUCUAUUUACGGAUAUAUAUGUUAUAUAUAUCCCAUCAAACUCCUUUUUCUAUUACAGUAAUUUCAGAUUGAUUAUUCAGUCGCAUAUUUAGUUAUUAAAUACCUACUCUGAUUUAUAUGUAUAACAAAUGUAUUAAACUCAAGACGCGAAACUUCGUAACGAAAAAUAGACGACGCAUUGCGCUACGUAGGAUCUCAAUUGACACGCAGUUCUGCAUUAAAUUUUUAAUAUAAAGUACAAUUUAACGAAACUGCGGAAACUGUACAAAUUAAUCGUGAAUUCAUUAUUCGUUUCUAUAAUUUAUUCCCAGGUCUUUUAGGGCGUAUACUUUUUCAGAAAAACAUUUAAUUAGCCUUGGUAAAAAAAAUUCUCACAUCUCACAAUAUUUUGAAGAAUUUUUCAUAUUUAAAAUUCAUGAAGAAUUCAUUAAAAAAAUAUCUUAAAUUUCUUCAGAUUUUAUAAGUUUUCUUUGGAAAUUAAGUAUAAGGGGAGAUCUUGAAAUAUUUCAGAAUUUACAUACAUAUAAAGAAUUUCAAAAAAAACUGCAGAGUUCAAUAUUUUUGAAGUGUCCAAAUUCGUAUUAAAAAAUCUGAGAAAUUUUUUAAAAAAUUAUAAAAUUAUAGAGAAAUUGUAAAGUUAUCAAUUUAGAUGUAGACAUUUUUAAAAAUUAUGUAAAGAAUUCUAGAAAGAAAAAUUUUCACCAAGGUAUGUUUGAAUGGCGAAUAUAUAGAUCGACGGAAAUAAUUUUGCAAAACUUUCAUUUUUAUGCAAAUUUGACACACACGCGUGUCCAAGGCUCGGCAAAACAUCUACAGAUUUUUACAAAGUUUUCAAAGCGCUGUGAACUUUCUCUGCUAUUGCUUCUUGACUGCUGCCGGCUACACAUAACAUUUCGAUUUGUUUAUGCUAGUUUUUACGCAUACAAAAUUUGAUAAGGUACAAGAUUUGAAAAGGUCUAUAGUUAAAAAAAAAAUGCGAAAUUGAAAAAAAAUGCAGUAGUUGGGGAAAUAUUCAAAGCGAAAAAACUAUUUUCUUUUUAUUCUUCACCGAAAGUCCAGAUAUCCUCUGCAUCGGGGAAUCCAAUCUUAAUUAAUUAAAAGCAAAUUACUUCAGAAAAGUGAUGUAAUCGCGAAUAGUAUCAACGGUUCAAAAAUCAUACUUCGUUGAAUAAAUUUUUGAUUUAGGAGACGUAGAAGGCGUUACAGGCGACAAUCUCCGUAUAAUCUAAUACAGGACUUAGCCGAUACAAAGAGAAAAGUGGAUAUACAUUGUUACAUAGAUUUCGUAUUUUUCGAAGAUCUACUGUCUCGUAAAGUCGAUAUCUGUGUUUUUGUUUUGCCAACACGUUUAAUGUGUAGAGUAGAAAUCUUACAUCCUUACAUCCUAAACGAUGAAAAACUAUGGAGCUUACAAAGAAUGUAUGUUACAAAGCUUAACAUCCUACAGAUCGGCCUCCCAAACGCGGUUUAUCGUUUAUCGCGUAAGUUAUUAAAUGCCCUACGACUUUAUCAAAAAUUCACAAUCAGUAUCAUUCUAUAGAAAUUGAAAAUAGGGCAGAAGGAAGGUAUCAUGGUAGAAAAAUUGUGCCGCCUUGAAACCAGUAUGAAUCUAUAAUUGUCAAGCAUUCCGUUGGAGUCUCGGUACACGGACGCGAGCGAGGAUUGAGGGUGCUAAGCCACAGAAUCAUAUUAGUCUAGAGUAUCAAGAUAUUCGUUAUUUAACGUCAUGCGACACAGCACAGAGAGGUACAGAACGAAGCGAAGUUACGAGAACGCUGAGACACACACAAAGUAUCGACUCUCUAAUCGCUAUGGUCACGUAUUUAUAUCCGCGGCUACUGAAUUCGAUGCAGUGUCAAAAGGGACGAUGCAGUAUAAAAAGGGACGAUUCGUGUUUCGACGUCUAAAGCAGACUCAUCGUCUACCGUAUUACAAACGCGAGGCUUCUUCUUUUUGAUCGACGUCUCAUUUUGAUCACUUUCUUUCGGUGAAACGAUUUACUUUGAUUGCGGACUUAGACGUUAUUACAUAGAACAGGUACGUAAGAGUCAAAGAGUUUUCUUUUCUUUUACCACCCCUCCUAUCUCUCUCCCUCUCCUUCUCGGAAAGCCUUCGUUCCGGAAAUCGCUGCGUCGCUACGCUACCCGAUUAGCAUCCGGGAAAAUGUGUUUGUGAGCGGUCGAUUUUUCAAGCGCGACACAAGCUGACUUAGGCAUAUUUUUAAUAAUUGCUAUUUUCAGUUCUUAAAAGUCGCGAAUAUCAAGAUAAUUGACGUUUUUACGUUGGAGCAAAAAAUAAAAAAUUUCGCAAUUUUAUGCCAAGCUCGAACUCCGACUCACUCCGCUCGGUUCUCUUCGUUGACAAAAAAAAAAUGAGCAAAACGACGGCGUUUUUCCAUCGUCAAAGAAAGCGCUUCCGUUUCGCGAACACGAAAAGAAAAACUUCGUGCAGAAGAAACACUAAAAAAAUAAUAAGGUAAUGAAAUACAGAAUGUUUCACUUAUUAAUUCGACUUGAAUCCUACUAACGGAGAUUUAGAAGAGUAAUCAAAUGCGUGAUUAAACUCGCGAAAGAAAAAAAAAGUGCUCUACUCGACUCAGCAAAAAAAAAAAA